GAGGAAUGUGCGGAACUUCAAUGGCAAAAUUAUAUUCUGAAAUUUUAAUCUGAUAUUCAUCUCUCGCAUCAGUUUGUGCCAUCACCUCCAAUUGAGCCACCAUCGCGGCGGCCGCCACCAUCUCUUCCGAAUCGCCACUGUCGGAGCGUCCUCACCAUCUCCAAUACGACGCUGCUUACACCUGUUCCGUCGCGCGUGCGUCCUACUUGCCUCGCUGCGCCGCCGUUGCCUUCUUCAGACCAGAUUUUGUUGUCAACCAGUGAAGUUUUUGGAUGCAAUCUCAACCUCUCAUUGAAUAACCUCCUUCCAUAGGCCAAUCUCAGAGAUAAACUAAGCUUUAGGAAGAGAAGGCAGGGAAGGUGCUGAGUAAGACAGGCUGCCGAUUCUGCUCUUCCAUUGACAGAACAAUUGGGGGUGGCAAACGUGAAACAGACGAAUAUUAGUUUUCUAUUCAAGAAUUCUAUGCAAAUCAGAUGCAAGUUUUCACGACUAAGAAUCGAUGUUUCUCCUCUUUGUCUGCAUUGUCAUCAUCUUCAUUUCAGUGUAUUUCCCAUUUUCAACAUACUGAAGUGACCUCCCGAAAACCAGAUGCCUCAACGGAAACCUCUGUCACCAUCAAUGAAGUGCCGAAGAAAUGGAAGUUUAUAUCUCAUGAAGUGGCAAUUAGAUUAAUAAAGCGUGAGAAGGAUCCACAGCAUGCACUGGAAAUUUUUAACAUGGUUUCUGCUCAAAAGGGUUUUAAUCACAAUAGUUCCACUUAUGCUAUUAUUCUCCACAAACUUGCUGCAUGCAGAAGAUUCCAGAUGGUUGAUGCUGUCCUCCAUCAGAUGACCUAUGAGACUUGCAAAUUUCAUGAAGGUAUAUUCAUUAACCUCAUGAAGCAUUUCUCUAAGUUCUCUCUUCAUGAGAAGGUACUGGAAAUGUUUGAUGCAAUUGAGCCAAUUGUACGUGAGAAGCCAUCUCUUAAAGCCAUUAGCACAUGCCUCAAUCUCCUGGUUGAAGUCAACCAGAUUGAUAUGGCAAAGGCAUUUCUAUUGCAUGUUCAGAAAAAUCUCCAUUUGGAGCCUAAUACAUGCAUUUUCAACAUCCUAGUCAAGCAUCAUUGUAUGAAUGCAGAUCUCGAGGCUGCCUUUGAAGUGGUUAAAGAGAUGAGGAAGUCCCAAGUUUCUUAUCCUAACUUGAUUACUUACUCAACACUCAUGGAUGGCCUGUGCCGAUGUGGAAGAUUGCAAGAAGCAAUUGACUUGUUUGAAGAAAUGGUUUCAAAAGAUCAAAUAUUGCCGGAUGCUUUAACUUAUAAUAUCCUAAUAAAAUGGUUUUCUCAUGGAGGGGAAGUUGAUAAAGGUAGGAAAAUAAUGGACUUCAUGCGAAAAAAUGGGUGCCAACCAAAUGCAAUUAAUUACACAACCUUGAUGGAUGGGUAUCGUAAACAAGGAAGAUUAAAAGAGGCCGAGGAGGUUUUUGGUGAAAUGAAGGAUGCUUUUAAACUGGAUACGGUUGGCUAUACAGCAUAUAUAAGUUGCUUGUGUAAGGGUGGUAGAAUUGAUGAAGCCAUCAAGUUGCUCGACAAGAUGAAAGAAAAUAGUUGCAUAGCUGAUGAUGUUGCAAUUAAGGUUAUACUAACAGCAUUGUGCAGGGAGUGCAGGCUGGAUGAAGCUUUAAGUUUACUCGGGAAGCUAUCCAACGACGGUGUUUACCUUAACAAGGAAUGCUACCGUAUUGUUCUGAAUAUAUUGUGCAAGGAAGGCGAACUGGACAAAGCCAUGGAGUUGUUGGGCCGGAUGCUGAGCAAGGGGUUUUGGCCUCACCAUGCCACAUCAAACGAACUAUUAACUCGUUUCUGUGAAGCUGGAAAAGCAGCUGAUGCAGCAAUUGCAUUGUUUGGACUGGUGAAUGUGGGAUUCAAGCCAGAGCCUCAUACAUGGGGCCUAUUAAUUGACUCGAGUUGCCGAGAGAGAAAACUAUUGCCUGCAUUUCAACUACUUGAUGAGUUGGCUAUAAGCACAGAGACCCCAACAUCUUUGAGUUCUCUACACUGAACUUCUGAUAUUGGUUUUCUGCCCUCUAUUGUUACUAAUCCCUAUUUACUAAGGUCAGAGUACCAGGUAACACUUUUAGACUCUGAAAACAAAAGGAUUGCAUUUCAAUCCCAAGAACCUUCAUUACCCUUGCCUUGAAGCCUUAGUAGAAGAAGUAAAUGGCGAAACGUCUCUUAACGGUUUACAAGUUUCUCGAAGAUUUAGUGGAAAAAGUAAAUCGUGAAAUGUGACUUAAUGGUUUACAGGUUUCUCAAAAUGUUUGUAUGUUGAGCAUAAUAAUUUUUUGCUUCCUGGAAAA